GCCAUGCCAGUCACCUCGAAAUCCAUAAUGAACCCUCUCUUUGUCGUUUCCAUUCACCAUUCUUGCGCGACUCUACUACCCUAAUAAUUUUCCGCAACCGCAAACAACAGCGGCUGCUUCUCCUUGCCCUUCUUCCAUGGCCAUUAGCGCUUAAGACAGGGGUUCCGAUUCACAACCUGACCGCAUACGCGACCAGCACCGCACCGCUCUGAGCCAUGUCGGACCCCAACAAGCCGUCGCCAGAGUCACGGCGGAACCAGAGCAUCGAGAACUUCGCCGCCUCGCUGUCAACUGCCGCCGCUAUCUUCGGCAUCCAGAUUGCUGUUUUCCUGAUUCUGAGUGGCAACUGGAAGCUGCACAAGGGAGUCUCCAAGAAGAAGACCGUGGACGAUGCAGACCAGGCCGACAAGGCGGCUGCGCGACAGAGCCUGUUCCACAAGAUAUACUACUACAAGACCGCCUUCGUACCCGAAGCCAAGCGCAUCGCAGCGCCCACGACCGCCAUCGACUCCUUCAGGAAUGUCUUCACCAUCAGCGACAAAGAGCUCAUCCGCGUUGCCGGUGUCGAUGGCUACCUCUUCCUCCAGUACCUGCAGCUCCUGCUCCGCAUCUUCAUACCCAUGGCCCUCAUUAUCCUGCCUGUCCUCCUGCCCAUAAACCGAAAGGGCGACGAGCCUGGUGUUUCAGGCCUGGAUUCAUUCGCGUGGCCCAACGUCGCCUUUCCGAACAAGCGACAUCGCCUGUGGGCGCACUGUAUCAUUGCCGUGUCCGUUGUCUGUUGGGUGUGCUUUAACUUCUACCUCGCGCUGAGGCAAUUCGUGCGCCUCAGGCAGACCGUUCUCACCAGGCCCGAGCAUCGCAUCCGAGCAUCUGCCACCACUAUUCUCGUGCAGAGCAUUCCUGAGAAGUGGCUCACGGUCCCCGCCCUCGACGCCCUCUACGAUGUCUUCCCCGGCGGCAUCAAGGAUAUCUGGAUUAACCGCAACUAUGACGAUCUAAUGGACAAGGUCAACGAGCGAACCAAAAUCGCAAGGAGCCUUGAAUCGGCCGAAACAAAUCUCAUCAUCACAUGCACCAAAAAGCACAAGAAGAUGGAGGAGAAGGCCGCCAAGGAAGCUGGAAAGAAGAAGUCCAAGAAGGAAAAGAAGCACGACGAGGCCAUGCAGAACCACGCAAUCAACCAAGAGACCCACGAGCAAGGUGUGGACGCCGGUAAUCCCCACGAGAUCGAGCAACAGCUGCAAAAGGUCCUACAAGAGUCUGCGUCAUCAUCAUCCUCCUCUUCACGGUCGACUUCACCCGAUCGCAAGCGCGGCGUGAACAUGAACUUUUUGGGAGAAGGCAUGCACGCUGUCGGCAAAGGCUUUCGCGAUGUCGGCCAGGGUGUGGAUCGCUUCAAUAAAAAUGUCUAUGGUGGUAUGCGAGGUGUUUUCGGCGGGAAGCCCCGUCAGGCUGGCCAAUCUCGGAACACUGAGCAAGCGCAGCCAAAUCUCGACGGCAGCGAUGAGAUUCCAGCAUCGUCACCCACAUCUGCCGACUUCCACCAAAGGGGCGCUAGCAGCGACACCCAUACCCCGUUGGCGGCAAAAGAGAAGUACGAUUCUGAAGGUACUGUGACAGAGCCCAACUCUCCUCAGACCAACUUAAAGGCACCCGCAGCCGCGGCGGACCCCGAAGAGCACAAGUCCGUAAAACCUGGAUGGAAGCACCCGCUCAACAAGCUGAAGGCCAUGUACGUUGGUCAGGGUGACUUUAUAAGCCCAAGUCCAUUCGUGAAAGAGGGAGAAGAGCUACCAUUAGAGGUCAAGGAUCCCAGUAAGAUCAAGUACGACCUAUCAGGCUUGUAUGACGAGUCUAUGGAAGAGGAUGGCGAGGACGCUCUCUGGAGAAAAUACAUGAAGCCCAAGGACAGAGAGACGAUGCGUUUACCCAUCUUCAACGUUUCGUGGUGGCCGUCUCUGCCUUUGAUGGGCAAGAAGGUGGACACCAUCUAUCAUUGCCGCAAGGAGCUUGCCCGCCUCAACGCUGAGAUUGCCGACGACCAGGCUCACCCAGAGCGCUUCCCACUGAUGAACUCGGCCUUUAUUCAAUUCAACCACCAAGUUGCUGCACACAUGGCCUGUCAGUCGUUGAGUCACCACAUUCCCCGGCAAAUGAAUCCACGAACCGUCGAGGUCAACCCCAACUACGUCAUCUGGGACAACUUGACCAUGAAGUGGUGGGAGCGCUACCUACGCAUGUUUGGAGUCAUUCUACUUAUCGUCGGACUCAUCAUCUUCUGGGGUAUUCCCGUCAGUUUCACAGGAGCUCUGUCCCAAGUCGACUCCCUGACCGAAACAUUGCCAUGGCUUGGUUUCAUCAACGAUGCGCCCGACUGGGUCGUUAGUCUGAUUCAGGGUGUGUUGCCACCAGCCUUCUUGGCCAUUCUCUUCGCUAUACUGCCCCUACUCCUGCGCUUCCUGGCUGGUCUUACUGGUACAACGACAUUCGGCGAACGCGAGUUGCUUGUGCAGAACUUUUACUUCGCUUUCGUCUUUGUCCAACUGUUCCUGGUGGUAUCCAUCUCUACUGGUAUUACUUCGACCAUUGACGAUCUGCUCAACGAUCCACUUAGUGUCCCCCAGACAUUGGCGCAGAAUCUCCCAAAGGCCGCCAACUACUUCUUCUCUUAUAUGAUUCUGCAAGCGCUCAGUAUCAGUUCCGGUACCCUUCUGCAGAUCGGUGCUGUCGUUGUCAUUAUCUUCCUCCGUUUCAUGGAUACCACACCACGUGAGAAGGUUUCAAGGGUGUUGCAAAGACCGGGUAUCAACUGGGGUACUAUGAUCCCGGUCUAUACCAACUUUGCCGCCAUUGGUCUCAUCUACUCAGUCGUCGCGCCCCUGAUCCUAAUCAUGAUGUUAAUCACCUUCAGUCUCUUCUGGUUCACUUACCGUUACCAGAUGAUCUAUGUUAGUUACGCCAAGGCCGAAACUAACGGUCUCAUCUUCCCGAAGGCGGUCAACCAGCUGUUCACCGGACUCUACUUCCUCGAGCUCUGUAUGAUCGGCUUGUUUUUCCUGCAGGAAGAUGAGCAGGGGAGGCAAUCGUGCUUCCCUCAGGCUAUUAUCAUGAUUAUCAUUAUGAUCUUCACUGUACUUUACCAGGUCGUGCUGAACAGAGCGUUCGGGCCUCUCUUCACGUACUUGCCAAUCACAUUCGAAGACGAGGCAGUGCUACGAGACGAAGAGUGGCAGCGCGCGCAGGCCAGCAAAUGGGAACGAGACGAUGAGCAUGAAGCUCUUAUGUCUCAGCAAGAAGCACAGCGGACAGCCGAGGAGCGCGAACGAGCCCACCUAGAUGAACAAAACCGCCUUGAGGAGAGGAAGGAACGUGAGGCAGCCCAUGGCCCUGGAUCAUACGAGCUCAGCAACCUGGAUGGUAACAUGCCAUCCGCCGGUUACGGCCAGUCGCCUCGACCCGACAACCGCCCGCGCAACUCCAGUUGGGCGGACCGCUCCCAACGCUCCCGUCACAGUUCCAAGUCGCGCUCGCAAUCACACCACAAGAAGCGCAAGGACCCUCUAGACAUGAUGACCAACGCACUCAAGAAAGGCCUCGACGAUGUCGCAAAGCCCAUCCGCGACGCAGAAGCGCAAGUCCUGCCCGCCGGCAACCUUUUCGACGAAGUUGACGACGAGCUCGCCGACAUCGAGCCCGAAGCCCGCCAGAAGCUCAUCAAGCGCUCUUUCCAACAUCCCGCGACGCGAGCCAUUCAGCCCGCCGUUUGGAUUCCGCAUGACGACCUGGGUGUUGCUAAGGACGAGAUCCAGCGUACUAGUGCGUUUACCAAGCGAGUGUGGAUCACGAGUGUGAAUGCAAGGUUGGAUGCGAGCGGCAGUGUUAUUUACAGGGGAUUGCCUCCGGAUCGGGAUCCGUUUGAGAAUAUUGAGGUUUAGACGGGUAGUUGUUAAGAAGGAUGGGAAGUAGAAUUCGUGUAUCAUCCUUGUGGUGUUGGAGUUAUUUUCUUUCCUUUCGUGUUAGCCUUCACGGCACCUUUUAAAGCAUACAAGCAUAGCGUGGAGUUUCAGGGCUUUGGGGAGAGCAUCAGAUGCAUUGUCUUGUUCUAAGACUACUACUACUACUACUACUACUACUACUUUCCGUACAACUACCUAACUUUAGAGGCAUAAGACCU